AUGUCAUCUACAGGGUUUGAGAAACACGCAAGUGACAGUUCUGCUAUAGUUUCUGACUCAGAUAUAGAAACCAUUCCCACCCACCACGAUACAAGACCUUACGGUGUCAGUGGCGUGAAUCGCGAUGGCGUUCCAACAACAUUGAGAAGGUCGUCUUCUUUGUUUUCCCUAUCUUCAAAGGAGGAUAUCCCCAAACCAGAACAAGUUGAGUACCAAAAAUUUAUCGAUGAUCAAAGACACUUUAGCAUGAUUAGAAACUUGCACAUGGCUGAUUUCAUCACCUUACUCAAUGGCUUUAGUGGGUUCUACGCAAUCAUCUCCUGCUUAAGAUACACAUUGACCAAUGACUCCAAAUACGUGCAGAGAGCACACUUUUUCAUUGUGUUGGGCUUGUUCUUUGACUUUUUCGACGGAAGAGUAGCCCGUUUGAGAAACAAGUCUUCCCUAAUGGGUCAAGAGUUGGACUCCUUGGCCGAUUUAGUCAGUUUUGGUGUUAGUCCAGCAACAAUUGCAUUUGCCAUUGGGUUCCAAACCACAUUGGAUGUAUUGCUUUUGACCUUUUGGGUCCUCUGCGGCUUAACAAGAUUGGCAAGAUUUAACAUCUCAGUGAACAACAUUCCCAAGGACAAGUCUGGAAAAUCACAAUAUUUCGAAGGAUUACCCAUUCCAAGCAAUUUAGUAUGGGUUGCAUUUAUGGCAUUCUUGGUGUGGAAGGAUUGGAUCCACGCCAAUUUACCAUUGGGCGUUGCUUUGAAAGGCACACCGUUUGAGUUCCACAUUGUAGCAGUGGGAUUCGUUUUGCAAGGUUGCGCCAACAUAUCCAAAUCCUUGAAAAUUCCCAAACCAUAA